AUGGCUGCCGACAAGCAAAAUGAAGUUAAAGUUGCACCAGUGGAAGAAAAUAAAGAAAAUUUACCAGAUGGUGGACUUGGACUGGAAAUCUUGCAAAUCAUCAAGGAGUCCCAGCAGCAGCAUGGCCUCAGGCAUGGAGACUAUCAGAGAUACAGGGGUUACUGCUCCCGCCGACUACGUCGUCUGCGCAAGACUCUGGGCUUCAAGAUGGGCAACAGGCACAAGUACAUCGGCAAGAAAAUUUCAGUUGAAGUGCUUUCAGACAGCAGGUUCCUGUUAAUGGUUUUGAUGGAGGCGGAGCGGGCAUGGAGCUAUGCCAUGCAGCUGAAACAGGAGGCUAAUACAGAGCCACGUAAACGUUUCCAUCUCAUGGCACGACUCCGCAAAGCUGCCAAGCACAGUGAGAAACUGGAGAAGCUCUGUGAGAGUCCCCGUGUCGACGCAAAAACCAAACUGGAGGCACAGGCCUACACAGCGUACUUGACUGGCAUGGUGGAAUUUGAGCUGCAAGAGUGGAAGCGAGCUAUGGAGGCCUUCAACAAGUGCAAGACCAUCUAUGAGAAGCUGGCCAGUGCUUUUACUGAGGAUCUGGCAGUGCUGUAUCGCCAGCGUGUGGAGGAGAUCUCACCCAACAUCCGCUACUGUGCAUACAACAUUGGUGAUCAGAAUGCCAUCAAUGACUUGAUGCAGAUGAGAUUGACUGGAGGUGGUGGAGGGAUGAUGGCUGAAAAGCUGGAGGCUCUGAUCACUCAGGCGAGAACCAAGCAGGCAGCCACCAUGAGCGAGGUGGAGUGGCGAGGGCGAACAGUGCCCGUCAAGGUUGACAAGGCCCGCGUUUUCCUUUUGGGUCUGGCCGACAAUGAGGCUGCCGUUGCACAGGCAGCUAACGAGGAGACCAAGGAGCAUCUGUAUGAAACAUUGUUGGCCGAGUGCAGAGACACAAUCCAGGCAGUGAAAGAAGAGCUGAAGAAUGAGGCAAAGCAACGAGAGAGGAGUUCUGAAGGAGACAGUGGCAAGGUAUCCAACCUCCAGUUCCUGCACAGUUACCUGACCUACAUCAAGCUGUGCACACUGGUCAAGAGGAAUGAUAGCAUGGCACAUACACUGCAGGCUAAGCUGAAGGAAACCCAGGCUGAUGAGAACAAGAGAGGGCCCCGCCCACAGGACCUCAUCCGACUCUAUGACAUCAUCCUACAGAGUCUGGCUGAACUGUCUACUCUGCAGGGUUUGGAAGAUGACCACACCUUCCAGAAGGAGGUGUCCCUCAAAAUGCUUGUCUAUAAGGCUUACAGGUGUUUCUUCAUAGCUCAGUCCUAUGUGCUGGUGAAGAAGUGGAGUGAGGCGCUGGUGCUGUAUGAGAGGGUGCUGAAAUACGCCAGGGAGGUCCAAUCCAAGGCCAAGAGUCUCAACAACAGCCUCAAGGAUCUCCCCGACAUUCAGGAGCUCAUAGCUGACGUCAGCGCUGAAAAAUACUCACUUCAAGCCGCUGCCAUUUUAGACACUGAUGAGACCUGUGAAGUUCCAGCUCAGCAAGAAAUAAAACAUAACACGCCCCUCUGUGACCGCCUGGACACCUUUGGCCUUGACCCCACCCUUAUAGGAAAGCAGCCCAAUCUGGUUCAGUUCCCCCCUGACUUCCAGCCAAUACCCUGCAAACCUCUGUUCUUUGACCUUGCACUCAACCAUGUGGCCUUCCCGCCGCUGGAUGACAAAGUGGAGCAGAAGGGCAAAGGCGGUCUGACUGGCUACAUCAAAGGCAUCUUUGGCUUUGGCAGCUAAACAACUCUGCCGUCCUCUGGACGCCUCCGUGGGACAGCCAGAAGCCCAAGCAAGCCGCAAACUAAACUUGGGUCAUUUGUUAAUAACAGUAACUUCAGUUACUCUUAAUGUUCGACAUUUUGAACCCAAUGCACCAGAUGGCUGGGAUUGGGUCUAAUGUAGUAAGUUUAUAUAAAAGUAACUGAAUGAAUUUUUAGUAGCAGUAUGAUCCAAGUCUGUCACCAUGACUAAGACUAUUCAGCUUACAUUGGUUCCUAAUAUACUGGCUUUUACUUUCUUUAAUUUGACAUAUGGAUAAGUGACUUUGAAGUUUUACAGGUUAGUAUGUCAUGCUCUUCAUGCGUGCACAGCUUAGAAGUCGCAAUCCUUUCAGAACACCAUAUUUUCUGGACUAUAAAUCACCUCCAAGUAUUAGUUGCAUCUGUCCAAAAAUGUCUUAUUAGGGUGGGGAGAGCAACAAUGACAACCAAAAAAAAAAAAAAACUUGCACUGAUCUAUAUCACGUUCAUUUUUGAAACAGUGCUACCGCUUCAUACGGCAAGAAGCAAAACGAGUUUAAUUGCAGCAUUUAUUCAUAAUGCAAAUGCUGCAUUAGUGGGCAGAAGCUAACAAGCUAAUUAAUGUUGUUAUACAAGGCACAAAGCAUUUGAAUAAACUGCUUCUGUUGGCCAUUGAACAGACUGUCAUAGGUUGGUUAAUCUUGUAGUGCUUAAAUAUUUGAAAACUCAAAGGAUUAUUUAUAAUGCAAACACCACAUGAGCAGUCAUAAGCAAACUUAUGUAAAGAGCACAAAAUGCAAGUAAACUGCUUUUUGUCACCACUGGACAGACUAUCAUAGGUAAGGUGUAAAUGUGCAAGGUCAUUAAACAUUUGCCAUCCCAGCACAUUAUUGCACAUUAUUUAUAACGCAAAAACUUGGCUUACUGACCUGCCGUUGCUGUUCUUGUUGUCUCACACACUGAACAAGUGUUGUCAAAAGUAUGAAAGUGAUAUUCCCUCUUUUAUUUAAAUUCCGGAGAGUGGUCUUUCAUUUUGACAGCAUGAUUUAAGUGUAUUCAUUCUCUUAAGACAGAACAUUUUUUUUUUAUUCAAAUUAUCAUCUUGUUUUAUGGCGGUUGACACCCAGCAUAAUGGUGGGUGUGAAUCAGUACCUCAUUCAGUAUACAGGAGCAGCUUGUGUGUAGGUGAUACCAUUUUGUGGCCAUAGAUGGCAAUGAAGUAUUUUUAUCAGCCAAAGGGUAAUGGGGAGGUAUUUCCAAACAUUUGACUGGUACUGUAUGUUCCUUCAGAAUACAAGUUGCAGGACCGCCGAAAUUCGUAAAAAAAAAAAAAAGACUUAUAGUCCGGAAAAUAGGUAAGCCUCUUUGGCAUAAUUCAGGUUUUUUUUUUGUUAUUUCUUUAACGGAAGCGCCUUUAUCUGCCCCCCCUCUUUCCACAAAUAUGAGAUGGAAUUUUCCAUGUAUCAAGCAGGUACUGUUCAGUCAGAGUUCAGUACUUGCGCCUACUUCAUCUACUUAAAAAGUGAUGCCAUGAAAACUAUAUAGUUUGGGAAACACCAAAUGAUAGAUUUAUUGAUUGACUGUGCAGAAGAUACAUGUUGUUCGAUUGCUUUGUCUUUGAUCUUGUUUUUUUCCUGGAUAUUAUUCAUAGAUCUGCUUGUGCAGUAUCAAGGACUAUCGACAAACACUGCAGAGUGGUUGUGCAGCUUGAAAUUGGAUGUGGUCCAUUUUUUAAAAUCACAAGACACUUAACCAGUCUUUGCUGCGGAUAGUCACUCCGUCCCAACAGACUCUGACACUAGGAGAAGGAUUUGAAAAACGAUGCAAAAUUGAAUCAUUAGUCUGUACAAAUGUAAUUUUCCUCUUUAAAAUUGAGUUAAAGUAGGUAUUAUUGACCUGUCAAAUAGUCUAAACAUCUCAUAGAUCAUAUGUAUUAUCAUAAAGUGUGAUUUUGGCGCAGAGUGCUCGUCCUCAGCAGCAUUGCAGUUGAGCGCAACAGUCUGUACCGAAGCAGAAGCCUUUUUGUCCUUGCUAUUCUUUUCUUUUUAUUUUUUUAUUAAGGAAGCGCCUCAGUUGGCAAUAUUUUAUUGUGAAGCUUUACUGUAGGAGAGCUGGCUGGCUGUCACAACUGAGAUGACGAUAAGACCUACAGGGGCAGCUCGCUGGAUCGUACUCUGUUUAAAGUUUUUGUUUUGUUUUUUAU